AUGAUUUGGUUUGUGCUUUUUCUGUCCGGCCUCGGGCUGAUUUGCGCUGGAGAACCCUUCAACCACAAUGAUCCCAAUGAGAGAGUCAUAGGAGGCAACAAUGCUCAACCCAGAACCUGGAAGUGGCAGGCCUCGCUCCAGUAUAACCCGUACAACUACGGGUACCAACACAUCUGUGGAGGCACUAUUGUCAGUAGUUUCUUCGUCAUGACGGCAGCUCACUGUAUCCUCAGCAUGGAUGCUGGUCUGUUCCGUGUGGUGGUAGGUGAGUAUGACAUACUUCACUAUGACGGCAGCGAGCAGUACAGCCCUGUGGUGGAGAUUAUUGUCCAUCCUGACUGGAAUGGAGAACUUGGCAAAGGGAAUGAUAUUGCACUCUUGAGACUGGCUGAUCCUGUGUAUGACAAUGGCUACGUGGCCAUCGCUGAGCUUCCCUACCCUGACCAGAUGCUGCCUCAUCAUUACACCUGUUACAUCACCGGCUGGGGGUCUUAUGACAACGUAGGCAACACCCCUACCCUUCUUCAGGUGGCUCCCAUCAACAUAGUGGAGCACUCAGUCUGCUCCCAGCCUAACUGGUGGGGCAGCAUUGCUCUGAGAACCAUGGUGUGUGCUGGAGGCGACGGAAUGAUUUCAGGCUGCCAGGGCGACUCUGGCGGUCCCCUGAGCUGCUUCACUGACGGAGCCUGGAGGGUCCACGGUGUUGUCAGCUACGGGCCGUCUGGCGGGUGCAACCAGGUGACUAAACCCACCGUCUUCACCAGGGUCUCUUCCUUCCUUGACUGGAUCACUUCAAUUAUUCGGAGUGUUUAGACAACACAGAGAUUUGUCCAAGCUGUCAAAUAAAACAUGCAAUGGAAUUAAAGUCCUAAACCUUUCA